GUUGUAUUUGCGUGUACUCAUUGAAUGGAGCGGUCUUAACUUUGGACCACGCUUUGCGGUUAUUAUUGAGGUCCGCCCUCUCCUUAUUUAGGUGAAGAUGUUGCAAUACAAGCAAUUUGUCAGAGAUUACGAAUAGCUAAUCUUUCCAGCAAUUGUAAUCUUUGCAAAGUAAUCUUGUUCUUCUGUCCACAUCCUUUGUUAGACCGGCUUCCAAUUAUGAACAUACCAUGGACGAAACAAGAGGCCACAGUGAUCAUCCUUUGCCUCAUCUCCCUGUUCACGAGGGCAUCACUAGGAAAGAAAAUCACUUUGCAAUCUUCCAAGGGCCAAGAUCCAAUGAUGGCAUCUGAACAGGUAGGACCAUCUGGGAAAAUUUUACCAGCAGCAUCCUAUGACAAGUCCUCAUCUAUGUGGCGGGAUACGACGUUUACCAUGCCAACAACACCAGCCCAACGUAAACGAGAUCAACGGCCACCCAAGCAAAGUCUGUUGCCCAGGGAGAAGAAGCCAAACAUCAUACUCAUUUUGACUGAUGACCAAGAUAUUGAGCUUGGUUCAAUGGGCUUUAUGCCAAAGACACUGCAGAUUCUUGGUGAGGGAGGCGCCCAUUUCCCGCAGGCUUACGUUUCCACUCCAAUGUGCUGCCCUUCACGAAGCUCUAUGCUCACGGGCCUUUAUGCUCACAACCAUCAUGUGCUCACGAACAGUGAUAACUGCUCCUCGCCCCAGUGGCAGCAGGAGUUCGAGUCUCGCUCAUUUGCUACGUACCUGAGUGCAGCAGGCUAUCGAACAGCCUACUUUGGCAAGUACCUGAAUGAAUACAAUGGCAACCACAUUCCAACCGGCUGGCGGGAAUGGGCCGCUCUAGUCCGCAACUCGCGCUUCUACAACUACACUGUCAAUGUCAACGGCCACAAGCGCAAGCAUGGCCUGGACUAUGUUCGCGACUACUAUCCUGACCUGGUGACGAAUGACAGUGUGGCUUUCCUGCGCCAGUCCAAGCAACUGUUUCCAAAUCGCCCAGUGAUGAUGGUUGUCUCCUAUCCGUCCCCGCAUGGACCAGAGGACUCAGCACCCCAGUACCAACAUCUUUUUCAUAAUAUCACGACACACAGGACACCAAGCUGGAAUUAUGCUCCAAACAUGGACAAACAGUGGCUAUUGCGUUACACUGGCCAGAUGGAGCCGAUUCACAUCAAAUUUACUGAUAUGCUUCAUACAAAGCGGCUCCAGACUUUGCAAACUAUCGAUGAUGCUGUGGAAAAGCUGUACAAUGAACUGUUAAGCUUAGGGGAGCUGAACAACACCUACAUUUUCUACACGUCUGAUCAUGGCUAUCACCUUGGCCAGUUUGGCCUUGUGAAAGGAAAAUCGAUGCCUUUUGAAUUUGACAUUCGGGUACCCUUCUAUGUCAGGGGGCCGAAGGUACCUCCAGCAACAAGGUUAAAAGAUAUUGUACUGAAUAUUGAUUUAGCACCAACCUUUCUAGAUAUUGCUGGCAUUGAUGUUCCGGAGCAUAUGGACGGCAAGUCGAUAUUUCCCAUCUUGGAAGAUGCCUUCGAUUCCGUGAGAAGUGGCCACAGGCGAACUGAGAUAAAACGGAGGAAAUCAUGGCGAGACAGCUUUCUGAUUGAAAGAGGCAAAGUGUCGAAGGACCACAUGUAUGAUGGAACCUACAACUCGACCAAGGAGCGCAACCUGCACGUGAAGUGUAUGUCUGGCAGACACCCUUCGCCAUGUCAGCCACAUCAGAAAUGGGAGUGCAUUCACGAUGGCAGGCGUUGGCACAUGCGCCGUUGCAAGCACCAGCGGCUCCACCACCGUAAAACCUGUGUCUGCAAGGAGCACAAUGAGGACCACUUGCCUGAAGUGGACGUUGGUGAGAUUCCAGUGCCGAGCGGGGUCAAGCUGAAGAAGCCCAAGGAACAUCGCCACCAUCACCACCACGGUCAGCAUUCGCACACCGUCCAAGAGCUACCCCCUGCUACGUCGUCUGCAAGCCAGACUAUGCUUGCUGCCCAUCGCCUGGAGCCACCUACUAACUCCCAGCUCACGCCAGAAGAACGCAAGCAGCAACGGAAGUUUCUUCGAGAGCAUGUGAAGCAGUCCUUCAGGCCUGUCUUCAUGGCGGUCCGGUUGAAGCGCCACGCAGAUGCAGUGACAGAAGGCUUUGACCUGACAGACGACAAGGCUGUAUCUGCUUUUCUGAGGGCAACAGCAGAUGAGCUGCUUGAAGAGGAGAUGAAGUUGCUAGCACAUACCAACGGCAGUGGAGACCAGUCGUGGGGAGGUGCCCUGGGUGACGAGCCAGUUCCCAAACGCAACGGCAGCAGCCAGUGCAGUCCCAGUGAACGCUGGUGCGUUGUUGCCGGGGAAGGAAUUGGUGGUGGUAGUGGCAAUAGGCAAGAUGGCAGGCCGGCGCGGCCUAACCACAACGCCAAGCGGCUGUGGCGUCAGAAGAAGGAGCACAUUGACGCUCUCAUCCGUCGACUGCGACAGAAGCUAGAACAGCUCAAAGGGCUGCGGAGGACUCUCAAGAAGCAUAAGACUAAGCACCGCCAUCACAAGCACCUGCUGCCAUUGCCGACUGAGGUCCCCCUCGUGACGGCAAGAGGAGGCAGGGCGAGGGACAUCGAAGAAGGUGAUGAUGACGAAGGCGAUGACAGAGAAUACGAGGAGGAAGUCUCCAUGCCAAGGCAGUGCCAAUGUGCUAACGGCCAGCGGGGCACUCUUGUAAAGGACAGCCAAGAAGAUCUCGGUAGUGAGCAUGCAAGGACCAAGGAAGAGAAACUGAGGCGUAAGGAGCGAAAAUUUCGCCGCAAGUCAAAGUUCCAAAACACGACGUGCAACCUCGAGAAAAUGAACUGCUUCACCCACGACAACAACCACUGGAAGACUGCACCCCUGUGGACAUAUGGUCCAUUUUGUUUCUGCCAGAAUGCCAACAACAACACAUUUUGGUGCCUGCGAACGAUCAAUGAGACGCACAAUUUUCUAUACUGUGAAUUCGUCACUGGCUUCAUUACUUUCUACGACAUGAGAACUGAUCCUUAUCAGUUGCGAAAUGCAGUCCACGAUUUGUCGACGCAGGAGGUUCAAGAGCUACACAACUCUCUUGAAAGAUUAAAAAGGUGCAAAGGCUCUCGAGAGUGUCACUUGAAGUACAGACCAGAGGGACGACGAGAUUUUCCUGGAUCCGUUCGUACGAAGCAUGAUAGGCAUUGGAAAAGUAGUCGUCCUGAAUGAUAGAGUGGAUGUCUGACUGCUACUUCACACAAUAUGGAAUUCUUCUCUGCGUCUCCUGCCAAGGAAAUGCGCACGAAGGACAUCUCAAGCCACCCUAUAGAUGACACGUCAGAAGUUCCUGCAGCCAAUCUUUUCUUGCUGCCCUACUUUUUGCAUUUGUGUCUUUUGCACAAACUCUGCAUUUACUAUCUUUCUUUCCCGAACAAACUCUAGUGCACCUCACACAUAGCAUGCAUUAUGUGCAUGUGUAAGGGUCCCAGUUCUUUUUUUGCGUUCUUAACGUGGUGCAACUGUAAUGCAGGGCUGGGCCAUCACAGUCCAGUUAUUCUGGCCGUGCAUAAAUCCACACGGUCCCUUGGAACCAAAAGAGUGAACAUUUUUGUUUUCAAUUGUACAUUACUUGCUCACGGAUGUGCAUCAUGCCCCAGGUGCCCAUCUAGAACUGGCACUCUCACUGUCGCCACUGCUCGGGCUGUGUUUGGCAGCACACUCAUGGAUGCAGUCGUCACUCGUGCCAUCUGUGUUAUCAGAUAUGUCUGUGAAUUCAAAGCUUUUUACAACGAUGUAUGAAAACACCAUAGUCCACAUGCUCAGAAUCGGGGACAAUCUGCAACGAUGACUUUGUUAAAUUUUUCCAAAUUUUGUGCUGCCAAGUUAGGGGUGCAGCUCUUAUACAAGUUCGGCCCCUACUCGAGUGUAUACAGCACAUUUCCGUAACUGCAACAAAAGAAGGUCUGGUUGACCCUAAAGAAGAUAAAUACUAUUCCAAGUUCAAGGAAGAAAAGUUCUGAAGUACUGAAACAUGGGUGCAUUUUGAAUUUCAUUCUAAAUGAGCUGUCAAACCUGCAAGAAGCAUCAUCUAGGAACUGCCUAGGUGGCGUCCUGUAAAACCAGUAAGAGCCAUCUAGGAGGCACAUUUGGUAAACUGGAAUAAGCAUGCGCUUGGCUUUCUCUCUCUCGAACCGAAUUGCAAAAUUAUUUAGUGGAGGAGUGGGAAUUGCUGAAUUGAUAGUGCUGCCAUGUUUUAUUGUAGUUCCAAAGGAUACUCUGAAGAAACAUUUGGACUAGUGCACUCUUGAUUUAGAAUUGUGGAUUUUUCCGGCUGUAAUAUUUUCACUUAGACUUGGCAAGUUUCUGUGGUGUCAGGGACAUUGUUGCUAUAAUUUCUUGUUUCGUAUUUGAACCGCGCAAGUCUCUUCAGUUCACAAAAGUGGUGACCUCCUGCUGUCGUCUUGAGGACAGUAUGUGUCUUCUCGCUGAUUACCUGUUAGCCUAAAACUUUUGUAAAUCACAUUUGCUUUUGCUUUGUUAUAGUCUCUCCAGCUAUUUUAAUUAUUAUAUAUACUAUAUGUAUUAGUCAAAAGUAGUUCUUAUGGCCUAGCUUGGAUGUGUGGCCAGCAUAAAACUAGAUUUUGUUAGGUGCUUUCUUAUUUGUUGUGUAUAAUUUCUGUUGGAGAUGUAUUUUUGGGCUAUUUUUAUUAGUACUUUUUCAGUGUCUCACAGCCUUAUUGCUGAAUCUCACAUUGUUUUCUUUCUAGAAUUUCUUUUUGAUAGACUGCAAACUGUGUUUUAUACUUGGUAUGGAGCUGUUGCUCCAAAAUAUGUUUUGCUAUCUUCUUAUUUUGGAUUUAAGCUUUUGAUAGAUGUAUAUAUACACAUAUGUACUAUGAAUACAAAUCGGUCAUGCUUAGCACUGGAACAAUUUUGUUAUCUAUUUACAUUGCAAAACCUUUUAUUCUGCGAUGCCUAUUUAUCAAUGACAUAUUUUACUAUGUUGUAUUGUUGCGUCGUUUGCUAUCUGUUGAUUUGUGUGCAUCAUAGAUUGCUCAUGCAACUGCUUUAACCGUGUGAAAAAUGUACAUAAUUAUUUGUUCUUAAGCAAUUGUUGAGGGUAGCCGUGUGAAAUAUUGUGCAAAUGAUAGUUAGACUUCAGUGCGAGUACCAAGGACGUUUACUUCUUGGAAGUGCUUGUAUGAAUAGGAAGCCUGUCUGAAACAAAUGCGACUGCCAUGUUAGUCAGUCUUGUGCUUAAUUAUGCACAAGUACUUUGUAGCAUACUUGCCUUGGCACCAACCACGCAGAGGAUCUAGAAUACUGUGUAGUGCUUUCUGCAAAUGCUUCUUUUUGGUUGUGUAACGUAGUUUCGAGGUUGUGUUGGUUGUAUAGAAAUAGAACUAGGGAAUUAUUUGUAAUGUGCUUGGCACAUUACUUACUUGUCUAUUUGCUUUUUUUUGUAGGUUUGUGUUGAUUUAGGUUCCCUUAAUGUCUUCAAUAGUGCAUUGUGCUUGGUAUAUUGUAUAAUAGUACAGGCAUUGCAAAAAUUUGUCCUAAAUGAACACUAAAGGCAAAUAUUAAGUUGAUGUGGACUAUUAAAAUACUAUUCCAGAAACUUCGCAGCGCUCAUUUCAUACCAAGAAAAGACUUAGUUUAUGAGAAAAUUGUUUCAAAAGAGUCGGCAUGCCUUUAGCACAAUUCAAAAUAUUCACACUCCCUGCUUUGGGGCAGGGAGUGUUGACGUUGCAUAUGCCAUCACCGCCCUUUAGUGACGUUGGGGAGUAAAACAGCGCCCGACAGACAGCAGUACUGUUUUCUGUGUAACACAGAUGUGCGGCCAUGGAGAAACUGAGCCAAGAUAUAGAGUGUGGAUUCGCCGGUGCAUCUACUCUUGGUCAAGUGGCUUGGACUGUUUGGAAAUCCGGUGACAUCACUUGAAAGUGGCAUUCUCUACUACUUGCACUUUGAGUUUCAUGAGCCAGUAAAACCAGCUCAGCAGCAUGCAAUAAUGAAACUACUGAAACACGAAAGCAGGGUGGUGCAGAAUGUAGCAAACAAAGCCUUUUGACCACCUGCAUCAUUGUCAAUGUCGAGUUCUUUUUUCUAGAAAUCAAAUAGAACUGUACACGUAAUGUUUUCUUCAAUCUUAUAACCUUUUACAAUGAUUUUUUUAUUACAAGGGGUGAGUACUAGUAACAGAAUUAUGAGGAGUGUCUCUAUAAUCAGGCUAGUACUUGAAUGUUCAAGGAGAGUCUCAUUGUAUCCUGCAUUUACCUCAAUUUCUCAAUUACCAAAUCUCUGUUUGGGAUAAUAUUGACGUUCUUGGGCACUAAUUUAUCACAUUAACUUAACGUUUGCCUUUGGUGUCCCUUUAACGAUAACUUGUGAUGCAACUGUUAGGGGUCACAAGCUGCACUUGUUGCUUUGUGUAUUAUGGCCUAGAUAAAAUAACUGUUUCGCUCUUUA